AAACACGAACCAAAUGAGAAUGUUGAUAGUCAACAGAAUGGAUUCGUUUUUGUGUCACUUGCUUUUUCUCGGUGCACUGGAGCAGAAAACACCAGAGGACUGGCGGACAUUUCUGUCGUUGUGACAGGAAAAUACAUAGUAGCGAAUAACUUGGCGAUAUUGAGUGAGUACAUGUUGAAGAAAUAUCAAGAAGACCAUGGUCCCAAACUCCCAAUACACCAAUUUGUUUUCUGGGGAAAUCAAAAUUUCUAUAUGACGCUUUCUGUAUUUUUGGGCCCAUAUUGGUGAGCGUGCUACACGUUCACACGGUACAAAUGGGCGAAACAAGAAACCUCAACUCCUCCUAUUUACCCGUUCACCUUGACAACGACACUUCAUCAGAGGAUGAGGAGAGCGAUAAUUCGACCCUGGCCAAACGCUCCAUUCCCGAUGACCGCUACUGUUUGGUCUACAUCAUCUUCUUCCUGAUGGGCAUUGGCUCACUGCUGCCAUGGAACUUCUUCAUCACAGCCAAAAGCUACUGGCUUUACAAAAUGAGUAACGGCACUGAGGAGCGACGAUCUGACUUCAGUGACUACUUUGAAAGUUACCUAACGUUUGCGUCUACGGUGCCCUCGGUGCUGUGUUUGAUUCUCAACUACAUCCUCGUCAACAGGCUGUCUCCAAAUGUGCGCAUCCUGUCGUCCCUCUUUGUCAUUCUGCUGGUGUUUGUUGUGACCACGGUGCUGGUGAAGGUGGACGUCUCCCACUGCAAGUCUGAGUUCUUCACAGGCACUUUGGUCAGCGUGGCCAUCGUCAGCGGAGCUUCCAACAUCUUCUGUGGCAGUGUGUUUGGUAUCAGCGGUCACUUCCCCAUGAGGAUCUCUCAGGCUCUCAUAGCAGGUCAGGCCAUGGGAGGAACACUGAGCGCUGUAGCCUCUGUAGCAGACCUCGCCCUGGCAGAGGACGUGACAGACAGCGCCCUGGCCUACUUCCUGACUGCAGACAUCUUCAUUCUCCUCUGCAUCUUUGCUUACCUGCUGCUGCCCAAACUGGCCUUUUCAAGACGCUACAUGGAGGCCGCCCCCUUUAACAAUCCAUCAGAGAGCAGCGACGCAGCAACGACAUUCCACAUCCCGCCAUUGAAGCCGAUCCUCAGGAAGACCUGGGUCCUCGGUCUGAGCGUCUUCUCCGUGUUCUGCGUGAGCAUCCUGGUGUUCCCCGCUGUGUCGUCCGGCAUCCAGUCCGUCAACAAGGACAGCGGGAGCCCCUGGACCACCACCUACUUUGUGCCCCUCACCUGUUUCCUGCUGUACAACGUAGCGGACUUCUGCGGCCGACAAGCCACGGUCUGGCUGCAGGUCCCUGGACCCGCGAGCCGGGUUCUACCAGCUUUGGUGCUUUGCAGGUCAGCCUUGGUGCCACUCAUCAUCUUCUGUAACUACCAGCCCAGGGACCACCUCCACACUGUGCUCUUCACUCAUGAUGCGUACCCAGUGGUCUUUAACUGCCUGCUCGGGCUCUCCAACGGCUACUUGGGUACUCUGCCCAUGAUCUAUGGGCCAAAAGUGGUUCCCCGAGAGCAGGCAGAGGCUACAGGGGUGGUCAUGUCCUUCUUCCUCACCCUGGGACUCGCUGUUGGAUCCGCUCUGUCCCUCUUGGUUGUCCACGCCAUCUGAUGAGUUUGUCUUUCACAGAUUAGAGCAGUGGUUCUUAACCUUGUUGAAGGUAACAAACCCCACCGGUUUCAUAUGCGCAUUCACCGAACCCUUGUUUAGUGAAUUUUAAUUUUAAUUUUUUUCAAUUUCAAGACAAAGUUAUAUGUUGUUUUACUGGUGCACAAAAUGAACCGUGGAUGAAGAUCACCUUGUUCAAAGAACAAAACCAACACAGUGCAUGAACUCACAACUAAUUACACACCUGCAAAUCAGAUGGAAAACUAGCGGGAACAUUGUUUGGGGGUAUCCAUAAUACGGCGAUAGGGAGAAGUUUUUAUUUACAUGAUGAGUCGGGUGUGUCUUGACCUCCACCGAACCCCUGAGGCUGUCUCACCGAACCCCUAGGGUUCGUUAAGAACCACUGGAUUACAGUCUUCCAACUCACUAAGAAUCCGUUCUUGAUUCAAACCAAACUAUAUUUGGUAUCAGAAUCAGAAAUACUUUAUUAAUCCAUCCAUACAUUUUCAACCGCUUGUCCCUCUUGGGGUUGCGGGGGGCGCUGGUGCCUAUCUCAGCUACAAUCUUGUGGAAGGCGGCGUACACCCUGGACAAGUCGCCAACUCAUCACAGGGCCAACACAGAUAGACAGACAACAUUCACACUCUCAUUCACACACUAGGGCCAAUUUUUAGUGUUGCCAAUCAACCUUCCCCAGGUGCAUGUCUUUGGAAGUGGGAGGAAGCCGGAGUACCCGAAGGGAACCCACACAGUCACAGGGAGAACAUGCAAACUCCACACAGAAAGAUCCCGAACUCGGGAUUGAACCCAGGACUACUCAGAACCUUCGUAUUGUGAGGCACAUGCACUAACCCCUCUGCUACCAUGCUGCUCUAUACUUUAUUAAUCCCCAGAAAAAUGUUCAGCACAAUCCCAUUCAAGAUCGGACAAUCAUUAAUAUAAAUAAACAUAGUAUAAAUGUUAUACUAAAACUUUUUCUAAACUGUUUACAAGAGCUCCUUUUAGCUGUUGAUGGAUGACAUAUAAGCAGAGUGAGUAUGUGUGGGGAUGACCUAAAAAAUGUAGGACUGAAGUUCAUCAAGAGUAUCUAACAAAAAAGUACAACACACUUUAUUGUCCUUUAGCUGACCCUCACCCAUUGGGCUACAAUUAUUUCCGUGGCGCAGUGGGAGAGUGGCCGUGCGCAACCCGAGGGUCCCUGGUUCAAAUCCCACCUAGUACCAACCUCGUCACAUCCGUUGUGUCCUGAGCAAAACACUUCACCCUUGCUCCUGAUGGGUGCUGGUUGGCGCCUUGCAUGGCAGUGUGUGAAUGUGUGUGUGAAUGGGUAAAUGUGGAAGUAAUGUCAAAGCGCUUUGAGUACCUUGAAGAUAGAAAAGCGCUAUACAAGUACAACCCAUUUAUUGUUUCGAUGCAUUUGAAAUGAAAAUAUUCAAAUUAAACAUGGGAACAAAACCCUCUCAGAAGAAAUAAGUCUGUUCAGAGGAACUCAACCAAAGUUAUGGACAAAAAUAGAGCAGACAAUUCACCUCAAAGGACACAAACGUCCACAAUACACUUUUAGGGUUUUCAAUUGAUUGAAAAAAAAAAAAAGAUUCAUAAACACUAUGAAUCGAUUUAUAAUAAAUAGGAAUCACAAUAUAGAUGUAAAUAUUAUUUUAAGCCCCCUUAUUGUUUCAGUGCACAAGAAAGCUGCAUCACAGAUAUAUCAUUUGUGAUGGGGGUGUGUCACGUGACCAGCAACAAAAGAAAAAAGUGGUUAGUUUAAGGACAAUUUGAAUUUGGACAACUGAGGUCAUUUGGACAAACCAUCUGCUCUCAUGAAAGCCAUCCAUCCAUCCAAUUCCUACCGCUUGUCCCUCUCGGCGUUGCGGUCAAGUCGCCAUCUAAUCACAAGGCUCGUGGGAUCAUGUUUUUAAAAAGAUGUUGAAAGACUUAAAAACCCACGACCGAGCGCAUUUUCUGAAUUUUUCUAUCACAAAACAUUUAUUCGUCUCCAUUAAAACAACCAUAGUGUGCUGUGAAGACCACUCAUCGCACUACUUGACUACCUGUAAAUACAUCCAACCAUUCAUUUUAUACCGCUUGUCCCUUUAUUCACAGACAUACUUUUGUGUAUAUUGUUGUUUAUAUCAUCAUUGUUGUACGUGGACAAUAACUGCCAUCUAUUUUGGUGCCAAAGUGUACACUGCAACUGUUGGGAAAGUACGAGCUAUUACGACAUUGACCAGCAGAGGGCAGUAGAGGGCAAGGUUGGGCGAUCUACUGGAAACACUUGACAUUUUCACAGCAGGAAAACAUUCAAUUGUGUACACUUUUUAAUUUAAUCAGUUAUUAAUUUUCAUAAAAUAAUUUUCUGAUUUACCAAUAUACUUGUAUGUUAAAAGUACUGUAUUUCAAAGUGGAAGACAUGGUACAAGUGGGUCUGUGGACGUAAACUUCAAAGCUAAUAGCAAAUGGUAAUGUUUGACUAUACUUGUUCUUCGGGUUCUAAUUGCAGAUUCCUUUAAUAAACUGGCAGAGAAAAUCAAAA